AGUGAAGUCGACGCGAAUACAGACAGACUGUGCAGGUGCGCAAACCAGGAUCUCACAUUACAGUCCACUCGGCUGGGCGGGUGUGCCCUCCAAGUGCGCUGUCAAGAGCAACAUAGCAGUCAUCAGCAACGGCUUUCUUUUCUUGAGAAGCCGACUGGCGCUGUGCCCAUCGCUGCAACCCACACUUGCAUGUGGCUUCAUUUACUCUUGAAAGACAAUAAUUAUUGUAAUAAACAGGCAAGUCACUGCAUGCAGCCAGCAGAGUACAAAAGUGUGGCAGAAUUCCGGAGCUAAACCUGCAGCAUUGGGCACGUGUGGCAGUUGCAGGGUCCAAGGCAACAGUGUAGUGGAUCAGCCAGCAGUUGCAGGGUCCAAGGCAACAGUGUAGUGAAUCAGCCAGCAGUUACAGGGUCCAAGGCAACAGUGUAGUGGAUCAGCCAGCCGCUGAGUUACAGGGUCCAAGGCAACCGUGUAGACUGUAGUGAACCAGCCAGCAACCAUGGCUGUUGUUCCCACCAAGGGACCCAAGGCAUGCAACAUGGUGAAGAACUCAGAGAUAUGGAAAGCACACGUCGGCAAAGAGGACAAAACGUGUAGACAGUGGAACAAAGGCUGGGGCUUCCUGGUGGACCACUAUCAACAGCUGGCUGAGGAGUUGCAGGAGGUCAACGACCAGUUUGCAAUGCAAUGCGAUGAGAACAUGAUUGUACGCAGUCCCUCACCAUCGUUGAGCGGACGAGGGCAGCGGCCACAAACACGCAGUCGGCGCUACUCACAGCCCGCCGUGUCAAUGAGUCAGGCACAUGCAGCACAAAAAGACGAUACAGUACUAAAGCUACCUGCCAUUGAUCCAAAGUACAAGGCGGCAGAGUCUACGCGGUCUGUGGCACCACCAUCACGCCAUCACCAUCGUUCUCUAUCAAUGCCAGUACAGGCGUCAGCUGCCGUCGGGUGGCAGUCGACCGUGCCGAGUACACUGGAAAUCUAUCACGGCCCGUACCAGCCUAAAGGCGAUCUUGUCAAGAUAUUCCACUGGCCAAGGGAGGGUCUUCCGAACCCUUAGAGUUACAAAUACUCAUCGGCCAUUGUGCUGUUAUGAUUAUUAGUUUGUCAAAGUGUAACAUUCAGUGCCGGGAUGGUACAUUCUUGAAUUUUCAGACUACGCUUCCCACAGGUGGUUUUUUUUUAAAUUGUUGAGCUUUCCUCCCAUUACUGUACAAUGUACAUGUAUCUUGCAGUUCAUAGCUAGGCAGAGGAUCAUCAUGACUGUUGAGAACCCCCAAGCGAACUGUGGCAUGCCUAUUAUUCAGGGGCAUAGGACGUUGUUCUAGGUUGGUGUGCCCAUGAAUCGGCGGGGGCGGGGGCCCUCUCCCGGGAAUUUGUUAGGGAAAUUGGGCCCAGAUAUCCCAUAAUUAUUUCAUUGAUUCAUAAUGGAAAGAUAAAACAUAUUUAAUAUUAGUGCAGCUUUUUGCCGCACCUGCCACACUAGCACUGGGGCUCCGAUGUCCCUGUUAUUGUUUGCGACUUGGAGUUUCGAUCCUAUCAAAGCCCCCCAGUGAGAUGUGCUGUGUGUGUUUGUGUGUGUGUGUGUUUCUGUGUGUCUGUGUGUGUCUGUCCGUGUGUGUGUGUAUGUGUCGGAGUUUGUGUCUGUGUGCAUCCAAUUAAUUUAGGUAGGGAGUGCUGCAUCUAGUGCCUCCUUUACUGUACUGUAGUUUGCUGUCCACACCUGUUUCCCUAGCAACCGCAGGGCGUGCAUAGGUCACUGACUUGGCCGUUAUAUUUCGAUGUGCUCCCAGCUUGUGAGGCAGUGGGGGUCAAUUCACAUGGCUUUGCAAGUAGUUACAUUAUACUGUAUGUGGAUUGGAUAGAGAUGUACAUG